AUGCCCGAUCUGGCCGGCCGGGGCGACGAGAACGGGGACGACGACAGGAGGAAGGGCUGGCGGCGCGAGCGGGUCGAGUACGUUGAGGUGGCGACGAGGAAGCACCUCGAGAACGUGCGUGGGCUCGAGCUCGGCGAGAAUGGCGAGGUCCGCGAUGGCGAAUGGCAGGGCGAGGGCAAAAAGUUGGCCAAGGGCGAGGUCGAGGGCCUUGAGAAUAUUGCCGCUGCGCUUGGCGGCGGCAGCGGCGAGGCGUCUUCAAGAAAGGAGGACGAGAUGGACGAGUCUUGA